CUAAAUAGAAGAUUUGUUGGAAGAAGAAGGGUGGAAUUUUAAAGAGCGAGUGAAAGGCAACGAAGAGGGAAUUUGGAGAGUGAGUGACAACAACGAUUGAAAUUGAGAAGGGAAGACGGUUAAGGAAGGAGAGAUUCUGAAGAAAAUAUGAAAGAUUCGACCCUCUUCUACUUUAAAUGACAAAGGAUUAUAUUUUUUCACAUUUACUUACUCCUUCUCUUCCAGUUCCCAACGGUCACUUCCUCUCUUUCCUUCUUAAACCCCAUUUCUCUCUCUCUCUCUCUCUCUCUAAAACCCCCCAUUCUCCAACACUAUCUCUCUAAAAAUGCCGAUCAAUUUCUCCCUCUUUCUCCUCAUUCUUCUCAUUCCCUGCACCGCCGCAGAUCCCUGGCGGCGCCCGUCCAUAAGAGAUCAGAGCGGCGCCGCCACAGAGCUCUGGUGCGUGGCCAAGAACAACGCAGACGACGCCUCUCUCCAAUCAGCCCUCGACUGGGCCUGCGGCGCCGGCGGCGCCGACUGUUCCCCAAUCCAGCCCGGCGGCUCCUGCUACGACGCCACCGACGUCCAGAACAUGGCCUCCUUUGCCUUUAACGAUUACUUCCGGAAACACGGCAUGACCGACGACAGUUGCUUCUUCCAAAACUCCGCCGCUAUAACCUCCUUAAACCCUAGCUUCGGAAAUUGCAGAUUCCCAUCAAGUGUGUUGAGAAAUGGGAAUUUUUCAAGCCAAACGACAUCGGUAGGGUUGGGGCCGAGUGAAGACAUGAGCGGGUCGGCUCGUAAUUUGGGUCGGGCGUGGGUUUGGCCCAUGGUAAUCGGGUAUUUGCUUUUGAGAAUUAUGUAAGAUUAAAAUUUUUGCCCACCUAGUGUUUGUGUAUUGAUUAAUUGAUCAUCUCCGAUUUGUGGGUGCGAUGUGUAUUAGAAUUUUAGAAUUUACAAUUUUGUGUGUUUCUUUUUUAUUAAUUUAGAAGUCAAUCCGAUUUCAAAUUUAAUCC